AUUACGACAAUCGGAAAUAAAAAUUAAAAACUCGAGGUGUACAUAGUUUUGCGGUUUAUUAUAUUUAUAGUUCAAUAAAAUUUUAAAAAGUAUUCACUAUUUCGUACAAUGAAAGUAUCGUACGUAACUCAGGAUUUUAUUUAAUGUUCUAUUUAGACAUUUUAAAAUAUUAAUCUAUCCAAUUGUUAAUACAAAUAAAUAUUACUGUAAGUGAACAAACUAAUAGUAUACCAUUUUUAAAUUAUUAUCAAACGUGAAUGUGUUGCUAACCGUAUUAUCAUCGUGAUCGAAUUAAAUACUGACAUUCAUAAUGUACAAAAAUAUUAAACACAUUCUGUACAGGACAAUCAAUAUACAAGGUCACUUGUUUUAUUUUCGACCGAUAGAAUGGUGAAAUAUAAACAAUCUUGUAUGUUAAUGUGAACAAUUAUGUCACUAAUAAUAAUUUCAAAAACAUGAAGACAUAUUCAGACCUCAUUUUAACGUUAUUGUUUUUGGUAAUAAACUGAAUGAUAUGAUAUCUUGUCAUUACUUGUCAAUGACAGUUCUAACUGAAUCAAUUAUUGUAAAAUUUAUUCUUAUAACACAUUACAUAGUAUUGAUCAGUAUUGGGGUCCCAGAAACUUUUGAUCAUGUGAUAAGUCAAACGAAACUAGGUCAGAUUACCAUUCAUUUGACCAUCGUAAUUAUGAUCAUAUGAAAGUUAUAACCUUUUCAUAUUGAACUAUGAUGAAUACCAUUAUUCCAUUUAGAAAAUAUUCAAUUUUAAUCAAUUAUUUUGUUAUUUCAACCAAAUAUAACGAAAGUUUAUUACUGAUCAACCAUUAUGUCUGCCAGUUUCGUCUUAACAAAUCUAAUGGAGUGUUUACUAGUAUACUAAUGAUAUUUUUGCGAAAUAUAUUCUUUCUACUUCUAAUCUUCUGCUCACCUGUUCAUGUAAACUAUGUAAAUUUUUACAGGUUUCAAUACGCAACAAUUGUCACAUGUAAAUCUUCUAGUCAUAUGGUUCAUUUGAAAAAACUUCAACUGUGUUAAGCUCGUAGCAAGGAUUUACAUUUUCAGGUUCAAGCUAAUAUGAAGCCUUCGGUGGAAAAUUUCGAAACUUUGGAAAAGCAGCAACUAUUCAGUGCUUCCUAGUUUUCAGUCAUUCUUCAAUUGAUAUUAAUUCGUUGUUAAUUUACUUGAAACUGAUACACAGUCUCCAUUAAAUAAACUCCAUAAGUAUCAUGCGCCUAUCUACUAACUGCAUGUUAAAAAUUAUCUAACUUCUGAGCCAGUAAUAUGUAUUUGAUUAGUAUAUAUAUAAUCAGAAUAUUUAACUUUGUACAUUAAUUAAUAAUUGUACUAAUUAAUUGUAUAUU